AUGAACCAUCCCCGGCUGGAAGAAAUUGGAAGUGGAAAGUCUUUGCUUGAUGUAAGCGGUAUUCCAAUUUCCACAGCCUGUUCUUCGACGCCGUCCGCUUCGCUUUCGGAUGAAGAAAGGAAAGCGUCAUUCCGCGAUCGCUUCGGGCCAGACCCUGAACCAACAACAGAGAAACGAGCUUGUAGGCCUUUUUCUGUUAUGCGAGGGCGAUCCGGGCGUUUUGAAAAGCAGGCCCGAGUUGCUAGUACUGCUGAAGAGUUGGCUAUGUGCCUUCCCGAUUCGCCGCCAACUCUUGGAGGCUCUCCAAAGCUGAAAAAAUCCUCAAUGUGGAGUACACUCUUUUCUUCUAGUGCCAGACUGGAAGAAUCUUCAGCUCAUCGCCCGACGUCCUCUGCGUGGAUUACUGCAAUGCUUCCACAUCGUAAGGGUGCUAAGUCUUCUCCGUCUGGUAGUAACAUUUUGGCUCGAUCUUCUACCGCCUUUUCUAAAAAUGAGGACGAUGUACGUUCCACUGACCGUGAGUCACUUGUGUUCAAGAAUCAGCCGCUACAUCGCAAGGUCAUGAAACGUGAAACCUACACAGUGGAAGAAGACACGCAAACGCGACAUCCGAAAGCAUCAUUUUCCCGUCAGAAUGGUUCCUCGGUCGCAAAAUCCCCGCACAGUAUUGCCCCGUCGAUCGUAGAACAAGACGCAUUCGAUCAAUCCAGGUCUUAUCUUGGUUCUCCGCUUUGGACCCCUGAUUCUCCGAACUCCGAGAAACACGACCGAUGGACACCGCCACACAAGAAUACGGGAUUGUUACGGAAAGAAUUUGGAAUUGAAUCUUCCCAAGAGCUCACUUGGCUCAAGCACCCUCUUCGAGACUUGCUGGGGAAAUCAAAACAGAGUAACGAGACAGAGCCGAGGCAUGCCAUGGGAAAGAAGCCUUCGCAUGACAACUUUCAAGUACAAGAUGGCGAUGGAGGCGCGUUCGGCCUCCAAGGAUCGUCCGUUCUUCUCGGUAACAGGCUUUCACAGAUGCGUGCAGCGGGCGAUCCAAUUUCACUGAAAGUUACAUUAUCAUUGGAUAAGGAUCUGAAAGAUGAAGAUCUCAACAAUGUAGGCAAAUUGCUCUCACAAUUAGAGCAAUAUCUGUCAAUUGCACCAAGACAAGGACACUUUCUCAAUCAGCACUUUUCUACGAAGAAAAUAUUCAAUGAAGCCGGAAGUAUUGACCGUGAGUCAACGGGAAAACAUGACGCAAUGCGCCAGAAAUUGUUCGAGCUGGAAGCUGAAAUUGAUCGUACCGCGUUGGAAAGCGCAGCCGCAGCUAUGUUGCUCGAGGGGUGCCAGGAUGAGAAGUUAUCGGAUCACAACUUGAUGGUUGCUUCUUCUCCGGUUGCUGCGUCUGAGAAGGAUUCAUCCUCGUUAAGUAGCGAUGCCGAUGAACUUGUCGCCCAGCCCGCACUCUUUUAA